AGCUGCUGGCUCCCGCGCGCGGGCCUCGUGGCUGGGCGGUGCUGGGGAGCGGGGCCGAGCGGGGCGCGGGGCGGCUUCAGAGGUUGUGGUGCCUGAGCCGCCGCGCUGGGCCGCGCCGAAUCAGCUCUGCCGGGCUCGUCGGACGAAUUAGGCCGUAGGGGCGUGGAGCGCCCCCCCCCACCCAGUCCUUGCUCAUCGUCUGCGAGGCAGCCCGGCAGCCGCGCAUCCAUUCAGGCGGUGCGGGCCUCGGGCCUCGGGCUCAGCCGCCUGGGGCUAGGCGGGGCGGCUCCGCGUGGUAGGACGAGGGGGCCUGCAAGCUCUCCGGCCCUGAGCCCCGCGGCUGGCCUUUGGGCCCCACGGCUUCCUCCCUUCCCGACUGCCGGGAGUCGGGGCGCUGGCGGUGUAUAGAGCUCACCACGUUUGCGUAGCGCCCUUCUGUCCACACUCGUUGCAGUUUCGAAUCCUCAGCGGGACUGUGACGCGGGCGGCGUGGAGAUUCUCACCCCCAUUUCCCGAGGUCAAAGAGUAAAAUGAAGUAUAUUCUGGUUACUGGUGGUGUUAUAUCAGGAAUUGGAAAAGGAAUCAUUGCCAGCAGUGUGGGCACAAUACUCAAGUCAUGUGGUUUACAUGUAACUUCAAUCAAAAUUGACCCCUACAUUAACAUUGAUGCAGGGACAUUCUCUCCUUAUGAGCAUGGUGAGGUUUUUGUGCUGGAUGAUGGGGGGGAAGUAGACCUUGACCUGGGUAACUAUGAGCGUUUCCUUGACAUCCGCCUUACCAAGGACAAUAAUCUGACCACUGGAAAGAUAUACCAGUAUGUCAUUAACAAGGAACGGAAAGGAGAUUACUUGGGGAAAACUGUCCAAGUUGUCCCUCAUAUCACAGAUGCAAUCCAGGAGUGGGUGAUGAGACAGGCGUUAAUACCUGUAGAUGAAGAUGGCCUGGAACCUCAAGUGUGUGUUAUUGAGCUUGGUGGAACCGUGGGGGACAUAGAAAGUAUGCCCUUUAUUGAGGCCUUCCGUCAGUUCCAGUUCAAGGUCAAAAGAGAGAACUUUUGUAACAUCCACGUCAGUCUAGUUCCCCAGCCAAGUUCAACAGGGGAACAGAAGACUAAACCCACCCAGAAUAGUGUUCGGGAACUUCGAGGGCUUGGGCUUUCCCCAGAUCUGGUCGUAUGCAGGUGCUCAAAUCCACUUGACACAUCAGUGAAGGAGAAAAUAUCAAUGUUCUGCCAUGUUGAGCCUGAACAAGUGAUCUGCGUCCAUGAUGUCUCAUCCAUCUACCGAGUCCCCUUGUUGUUAGAGGAGCAAGGGGUUGUAGAUUAUUUUCUUCGAAGACUUGACCUUCCUAUUGAGAGGCAGCCAAGAAAAAUGCUGAUGAAAUGGAAAGAGAUGGCUGACAGAUAUGAUCGCUUGCUAGAGAUCUGCUCUAUUGCCCUUGUGGGCAAAUACACGAAAUUCUCAGACUCCUAUGCCUCUGUCAUUAAGGCUCUGGAGCAUUCUGCACUGGCCAUCAACCACAAAUUGGAAAUCAAGUACAUAGAUUCUAUGGACUUGGAGCCCAUCACCUCGCAAGAAGACCCCGUGCGCUACCACGAAGCUUGGCAGAAGCUCUGUAGUGCUCAUGGAGUGCUGGUUCCAGGAGGAUUUGGUGUUCGAGGAACCGAAGGAAAAAUCCAAGCAAUUGCCUGGGCUCGAAAUCAGAAAAAGCCUUUUUUGGGUGUGUGCCUAGGAAUGCAGUUGGCAGUAGUUGAAUUCUCAAGAAACGUGCUGGGAUGGCGAGAUGCCAAUUCUACAGAGUUUGACCCUACGACCAGUCAUCCCGUGGUCGUAGACAUGCCAGAACACAACCCAGGGCAGAUGGGCGGAACCAUGAGGCUGGGCAAGAGGAGAACCCUGUUCCAGACCAAGAACUCAGUCAUGAGGAAACUCUAUGGAGACGCAGACUACCUGGAAGAGAGGCACCGCCACCGAUUUGAGGUGAAUCCAGUCUGGAAAAAGUGUUUGGAAGAACAAGGCUUGAAGUUUGUUGGCCAAGAUGUCGAAGGAGAGAGAAUGGAAAUUGUGGAGUUAGAAGAUCAUCCCUUUUUUGUUGGUGUUCAGUACCACCCUGAGUUCCUGUCCAGACCCAUCAAGCCCUCCCCACCAUACUUUGGCCUCCUCCUGGCCUCUGUGGGGCGGCUCUCGCAUUACCUCCAGAAAGGCUGCAGGCUCUCACCCAGGGACACCUACAGUGACAGAAGUGGAAGCAGCUCCCCUGACUCUGAAAUCACCGAACUGAAGUUUCCAUCAAUAAAUCAUGACUGAUCUUGUAGUGGAUGAUUCUUCAGGAGACCCUUCAGACUUGGGUAGAGUUUACAGCUUUGACUUUACACUCGGCUUUGGACACUUUCUUUAAAUUAUGUUUUUAUUAAGAUUAUUUUAUUAUGCGGAAAGGUAUUUGGGAAACUUGUCAUUUGCAUGUCCCAUCAUGUAUACUGGCUCCUCUGUGGUGUCUGCCUGUUGCGUGACACUCUCCUUGCAGUUCUUGAGUUGCGGCAGACAUCGGGAUGGGAAGUGAUGGUGGGUGGGGCUGCAGAGUGCCCCAGUGGUCACCUGGUUUCUCAACUACCUCGCGUCAUUGCAGAUGCUAGCGCGUUGCCUGUCGCUUUCCCCUGGAUGCCUAGACCGUUAUAAAGUGUGCCACAUGGACUUACUGAGCAUGGAGAGAGGAUUUUAGCUAGGAUUCGGACACUUGGUGCUGGGAACCUCAGGGUGUUGCUUGCCACUAAGCCAUGAAAACCAGAGACAAAAUCUCUGUACUGCCCUGAGUUGGGGGGAUUCUCAGUGCCAACUGUGGCUGGUCCUCAUCAUCCAAAGGGAUGGUCAGUUUGGUGUCCCAUGAAACACCAAGAUGUCUGUCUCUGAAGUGUGAUUUUAAAAUCCCCAUGCCUGUGGCUGCGCUUCCUGUUGCUAGGGCUGGGAAGCACUCCUUGCAUCAAGGGGUCACUUACAGAACAGAGUCUUUUGGGGAAACUUCCUCUAAAACCCUCUCAUAUAUAGACAGCUUUGACUCGAGGGUACAUUUUUCUUCCAGGAUGGUGUUACUGCAGUUGAAAGGGCAAUAUGAAGUUAUUUUCUUAAUGUGACCUAACGAUAGGCACAGCUGUGUGCUACUAUAUUCUGGCCGGACUCAAUGUGUACUCUAACUUAAGAAAUAAAUAAUGCAGAA